AUGGAACCCAAUCUAGAUUUCGCAGCCUUGGCCCAGCAAGUUCAAGCUCUUGCGGCCACCAUUGAAGAACUCACCAAGCAAAAUCAAGAAAUGAAGCUGCAACUUCAACAGGUCCAACAAGCUCAACAGGAAGAGAACCGAUCCAAAGAUAACAUGGAGGGAGAAAGGGAUAGCCAUAGGGGGAGUAUCCAUCAGAGGCCAACUACUCCAGACGAGCAGAAUUUAGAUCUCCUUCAAGAAAUGAGGAAGGAGAUGGGCGAACUGAGGAACACCAUUAAGGAGAAGACGGAUCGAAGCGUAGACAGAAUGGUAAAGGCCACGGAUUCGCCUUUCACCUCGGCGGUGCUUAAAUGCCCUGUACCGUCGAAGUUUUGCCUACCUCAACUUGAGCCGUUCGACGGACUCAGAGACCCUCAGGAUCACCUUAAUACUUUCAAGACGACUCUAGGUCUUCAACAGCCGCCUGACGAGAUACUGUGUCGUUCCUUUCCCACCACUCUCAAAGGAGCUACAAGGGAAUGGUUCACAAAGUUGCCGACUUCGUCUGUGGACAACUUCAAACAGUUGAGCAAUGCCUUCUUGCGACACUUUAUAGGGGGGCAGCGUCCAAAAAGGCCGACAGACCACUUACUUACCAUUAGACAGGGAGAGAAGGAAACUCUGAGGUCGUACGUGAAACGCUUUACUCGGGAGACUCUGGAGGUGGACAAAACUGAUGACAAGGUGCAGCUGACGACCUUCAAAGCGGGACUAAGAUCCAAAGAUCUCGUGGCCUCCCUCGUAAAGAAUCCACCAAAGACGAUGGCAGAAAUGCUCCUGAAGGCACAGAAGUACAUGAAUGCAGAAGAUGCUUUAGCAGCCAUAAAGGAUGUAAAGAAGCCAGGAGACAAGGCAAAGAAGGAAGACGAUCGCAGGGGUCAAAAGAGGGAGCACCCAAAUCAUCGUAACAAUGACGGGAACAGGAGAAAAGAUGAUAAAGGCCCUCGGAUGGUAAGAUUUACUCCUCUGGUUAUGCCUGUUGACAAAAUUUUAACGCAGAUCAAGGACAAGCACUACCUCAAAUGGCCAAGACCAUUACACUCAUCCCCUAACGUUCGUGAUAAGAACAAGUACUGCCGAUUCCACAAAGAUCACAGCCACAACACAGAAAAUUGUAGGGACCUAAAGGAGUAA